AUGGAAUCAAAGGGCUACAGCGACCUGGAGGUGGUCAUUAAGCGCCAGUCCACGAUGAUGGGGGACGAAAAGGCCGUCGUCAGCGAACCCGACGAAGCCACCUCUGGCUCGACUCCCACCACGCCCGCGCCAGCCUACAUUACCCCCGUUUCCAGGACCGCAACGACAACACUUUCGUCUCCAACUAUCCAUUCCGAUGAUGAAGCGAGCAUUUUGGAUCCGAAGGCCGCCGCUCCCCUGCGGAAGGAAAAGACAAUACUGGGCCUGAAGAGAAACAUCUUCAUUCUCGCCGCCCUCGCGACGGCCAUGUUGCUGGCGUUGGUCCUCGGUCUUGCAGUAGGCCUCACCAUGAGCAAGAGCCGUCGCUCUACUGGUACCGGAUCACAGAUUGCCGAGCAACAGGGCACGGGGAUCCUGAUUAACUCCAGCUUGGCCGCGACGAACUGGACCGACAGCAACAACAUCGGCCGGGCCGCCGUCUUUUACCAGGACUCUUACAACGCCCUAAACGUCAUGCUCUACGACUCGCUCAGCGGCGGAUGGACCAAGCGCAACGUCACUGCCAGCGUCAUGAACAGCUCCUCCAUCCCGUCCCUGGACGUCAAGCCGGGCAGCCCCCUAGCCUGCGCCACCAACAGGUAUCAGGUCAGCCUGUACUACCUACAACACGACAACACCGUCUCCGAGGUGUAUUCCCCGGACCCGGUGAAUGGCGAGUGGAUCCCGGGCGCCCUGAAGCCCACCAUCAACCCGCAGGCGUCCAACACUUCUCGGCUCGCGGCGUACUGGCAGAUCUGCCCCAACUGCACCGACACCCUGCUGCUCACGUACGAGCGCGACGGGGACAUCCAGCUCGCCAACUCGACCAGCGGCCAGUGGCAGUCGAUGCCCGCCAUCAGCAGGAACGUGCUCCCCGGCAGCGGUCUUUCGAUGAAUGCCUUUACCGACUACAACGGCAUCGGCCCAACAGGGACGAACGCCGACGCCCUCCGCGUGUACCACUCGGCUGGCGACAACUUGAUAGAGGUGAUUAAUGGGCCGUUGACCAGACGGCGCUGGGGUUUCGGCAACUCUGGGAACGAACUCGCUGCGAGCCUCCCCACCCAGCCGCCGCCCGGGAUAGCGUCGCUGAGCUUCGGUUCCAAAGGUUGGACCCAGAGCCUGGUCACGUAUCUCGCCGGCGAUGGCAGUCUGGUUUCGGCCCACUGGAACACCAAGAAAUGGACGGUUGGGCCCACCGAGCUCGAUCAGAAGUUCGGCAACGCGACGGCGAUCGCGUCAACCCAGGCUCAGCGCAUCUUCACCAUUUCGGACGGCGUGAUCCACCAGUACAGGGUCGACGCCGCCACUGAUCCCUUCAAAUGGUUCCAUGUCAACAGUCUAAACGGCUAA